AUGGCGUGGCUUCGAAGACGUGGCGCUGAAAAUUCCAAGCCGAACGAAUCAGCCACGAACAAAUCAAGAAAGCCUCCUAACACAGCCUUCAGACAACAACGACUCAAGGCAUGGCAACCGAUACUGUCACCUCAAUCGGUGCUGCCUCUGUUGAUUCUGGUGAGUGCCAUAUUUGCGCCUAUUGGAGUCGCAUUGAUCAUCACUGCUAAUAAUGUGCAGAACUUGAGCAUCGAUUACAGCCACUGUCAGCAGUUGGCGAGUUCGACCAGUUUCGAUGAAAUUCCGUCGAAAUAUGUGCACUUUCAUUUCAAGAAAAAGGUGGAAAAUCGUCCAACGUGGCGUAUUUCCCAAGAUGACGUCUCCGGUGCUUCGAACUGCGAGGUUCGAUUCGAAAUACCCACUGCUUUAAAGAAAUCCAUCUACGUGUACUACCAGCUGACGAAUUUCUACCAAAACCACCGUAAGUAUGUUCAGUCCUUCGACAUCAAGCAGCUCAAGGGCCAGGCGGUGGAUGCUGACGAUUUGACGUCCGAUUGCAACCCAUUGCGCGAGGAAAACGACAAAAUAGUGUAUCCAUGCGGGUUGAUCGCCAAUUCUUUGUUCAACGAUACUUUCCAGCCGCAAUUGACGGCCGUGAAUGACACAGAACUGGAUUACGAGCUGACAAACAAGAACAUCGCUUGGAAGGCCGAUCGCUCACGCUACAAGAAAACCAGCUACAAUGCUUCGCAGAUCGCUCCCCCUCCAAAUUGGUCUGCAAAAUUCCCCAAUGGCUACACCGAAGACAAUAUUCCUGACAUCUCGCAAUGGGAAGAACUGCAGGUAUGGAUGCGUACUGCUGGACUGCCGAAAUUCUACAAGCUAGCUCUCAAGAACGAAACCUCCACGCUCCCGAAGGGCAUAUACCAAAUGAACAUCGGGCUCCACUACCCGGUUUCUCUGUUUGGAGGCUCCAAAUCGCUUGUUAUAACCACCAACAGCGUCAUUGGCGGUCGGAACAUGUCUCUGGGUGUUUUAUACUUGAUAGUAGCGGGCUUUUCCAUCCUAUUUGGUAUCGUUUUUCUCAUCAAGCUCAUCAUUCAACCCAGAAAGCUAGGAGACCACUCUUUUCUGAGCUUCGACGACAACACUGAAUCAGAUAGUCGUCCAGCCACUCAAGAUAUUCCUUUGAGAGAGAUUCUAUAG